AUGUUUAGAGCAUUAAGAUUAGCUAGUCUAAGAAACAUUAGCGUAUCGGCUAAAAGAUUCGGUUCAACUUUAGCAUUUAUUGAAGCUCAAGGUGAUGUUAUAAGUUCAGCUUCAUUAUCAAGUUUAACAGCUGCAAAGCAAAUUGGUCAACCAAUUACUGCUAUUUUAUUCGGUUCAAAUGCUAAAAAUGCAUCCAGUGCAUUGAAUAAGAUUGAUGGUUUAGAUAAAAUCUUGAUUGCUUCAAAUUCAGAAUUUGAUCAUAAUUUACCUGAAUUUUUAUCACCAGUUAUUUCAAAUUUAAUUAAUGAAACUUCUUAUGAUUUUACACAUUUUAUUACACCAGCAACUGCAAUGGGUAAAAACAUCUUACCAAGAAUUGGUGCGCUAUUAGAUGUCCAACCAAUUUCUGAUAUAAUUAAAGUUGAAGAUUCAUCAACUUUUAUAAGACCAAUUUAUGCAGGUAAUGCUUUAAUUACUGUUAAAUCAAAUGAUUCCAAAAAAUUAAUUUCUGCAAGACCUUCAGCAUUUGAACCAAUUGGUCAAACUUCUGAAAAUUCAUAUCAAAUUGAAGAAAUAACACCAACUUUAGAAACUUUACAAAUUGAAUGGGUUUCAGAAAAUUUAGUUAAAAGUGAAAGACCUGAUUUAUCAUCAGCUAAAAAAGUAGUUAGUGGAGGUCGUGGUUUAAAAUCAAAAGAAAACUUCGAAACUUUAAUAACACCAUUAGCAGAUGCAUUAGGUGCAGGUAUUGGUGCUACAAGAGCUGCUGUCGAUUCAGGAUUUGUUGAUAAUUCAUUACAAGUUGGUCAAACUGGUAAAGUUGUUGCCCCAGAUUUAUAUGUUGCAGUGGGUAUUUCGGGUGCUAUUCAACAUUUAGCAGGUAUGAAAGAUUCUAAAACUAUUGUUGCUAUUAAUAAAGAUGAAGAAGCUCCAAUUUUUAAUGUUGCUGAUAUUGGAUUAGUUGGUGAUUUAUUUGAAGUUGUUCCUGAAUUAACUGAAAAAGUUAAAUAG